UGUUUCAUUUCCCUCGCAACUAAUAUAACCCUCUCUCACGUUCCUUCUUCACAAUCACAUAACACAACUAACUCUCUCUCUCUCUCUCUCUCUCUCUCUCUCUGCUCCCAUCUACUUCACACCUACCAGCCUUGCAAGUUGCAACUCCAGAGACGAGAGAGAAAAACUCUUUCUUCAAUUCAAUUCAUUCAUUUUUUUCUUCGAUCACCGACUCAACAAUGCAAGAUUCAAGUUCCAUGAAAUUCUCACCGUUGGAUCUGAUGUCUGCCAUUAUCAAAGGCAAGUUAGACCCAUCCAACGUCUCAUCUCAGGUCUCUGCUUCCCUAAUGCUCGAAAACCGCGAAUUCGUUAUGCUUUUGACAACUUCCGUUGCCGUUCUCAUCGGUUGCGUCGUCGUUUUAAUAUGGCGCAGAUCCAACGCUCAAAAAUCAAAGCCAAUUGAAGUUCCUAAACGAAUCAUCGAUAAACUUCCCGAACUUGAUGUUGACGACGGUACUAAAAAGGUUACCGUCUUAUUUGGUACUCAAACCGGUACCGCUGAAGGUUUCGCUAAGGCGAUAGCGGAAGAGGCAAAAGCGCGUUACGACAAGGCUAAGUUUAGAGUAGUUGAUAUGGAUGAUUAUGCGGCUGAUGACGAUGAGUACGAAGAGAAAUUCAAAAAGGAGACGGUGAUUAUUUUCUUUUUAGCUACAUAUGGCGAUGGGGAGCCAACUGAUAAUGCGGCAAGGUUUUAUAAAUGGUUUACGGAGGGAAAUGAGGGAGGUGAAGAAUCGUUUAAGAAUCUUCAAUAUGGUGUGUUUGGACUUGGGAACAGACAGUAUGAGCAUUUUAACAAGGUGGCAAAGGUGGUAGAUGAUAUGCUUGCUGAGAAAGGUGGUAAGCGUCUUGUCCCAGUGGGUCUAGGAGAUGAUGAUCAAUGCAUAGAAGAUGACUUUACUGCAUGGAAAGAAGAACUGUGGCCAGCCUUGGAUCAAUUGCUAAGAGAUGGGGAUGAUACAACUGUGGCCACACCUUAUACUGCUUCUGUUUUGGAGUACCGGGUUGUUAUUCGUGAUCCACUAGAUGCAACUGUUGACGAAAAGAAGUGGCAUAAUGUAAAUGGUCAUGCUGUUGUGGACGCUCAGCAUCCAGUCAGGGGUAAUGUGGCUGUGCGAAGGGAGCUUCACACUCCUGCAUCAGAUCGUUCUUGCACUCAUUUAGAAUUUGACAUUUCAGGCACUGGAGUUGUAUAUGAAACAGGGGACCAUGUUGGUGUUUACUGUGAGAAUUUAUCCGAAACUGUGGAAGAGGCAGAAAAGCUACUAGGUUUGUCACCUGACACCUAUUUCUCCAUCCAUACCGACGACGAAGAUGGGAAACCACUUAGUGGAGGCUCCUUACCACCUCCUUUCCCACCAUGCACUUUAAGGACAGCACUUACUAGAUAUGCAGAUGUUUUGAGUUCACCAAAAAAGUCUGCCUUGCUUGCCUUAGCUGCUCAUGCAUCUGAUCCAUCUGAAGCGGAAAGACUACGACAUCUUGCCUCACCUACUGGAAAGGAUGAAUAUGCAGAGUGGGUCAUUGCCUCUCAAAGAAGUCUCCUUGAGGUCAUGGCUGAAUUUCCAUCAGCCAAACCUCCAAUUGGUAUAUUUUUUGCAGCCGUUGCUCCUCGCCUGCAGCCAAGAUACUAUUCAAUCUCAUCAUCUCCAAAAAUGGCUCCAUCCAGAAUUCAUGUUACAUGUGCCCUAGUGCAUGAUAAAAUGCCCACUGGAAGGAUUCAUAGAGGAGUGUGUUCAACAUGGAUGAAGAAUUCUGCACCAUUGGACAAAAGCCAGGAUUGCAGUUGGGCUCCUAUCUUUGUUAGGCAGUCCAAUUUCAGACUCCCUGCUGAUAAUAAAGUGCCUAUAAUUAUGAUAGGUCCUGGCACUGGCUUGGCACCUUUCAGAGGUUUCUUGCAGGAAAGAUUAGCUCUGAAAGAAGAAGGAGCUGAACUGGGCCCUUCUGUUUUAUUCUUUGGAUGUAGGAACCGUCAAGUAGACUAUAUCUAUGAAGACGAAUUGAACCAAUUCGUUAAUGGUGGCGCACUUUCUGAGCUCAUUGUUGCCUUCUCACGAGAGGGGCCUACAAAAGAAUAUGUCCAACAUAAGAUGAUGGAGAAGGCUUCAGAUAUUUGGAACAUGAUAUCUCAAGAGGGAGCUUACAUUUAUGUGUGUGGUGAUGCCAAGGGUAUGGCUAGGGAUGUACACCGCACUCUGCACACAAUUUUACAAGAGCAGGGUUCUCUGGACAGUUCUAAGGCUGAGAGCAUGGUUAAGAACCUACAAAUGAAUGGCAGAUAUUUGCGUGAUGUAUGGUGAUGAUGACCUCUGAGUGUAACAAACGGGGUCGUGGGGUUAUGAUAAAGCGGCCGUAAAGAGUAGUAGUGGAUAUAUAGAAGAUAAGCUAUUGGAAGGGCCUUAUUUGUCGCCAUACACUGAUGCCCUCAUAAGAGGGAUAAGGGGUUCCUUCUGCUUGUAACAUUAUGCCAAUUCCUAUGAUUCUUUUUUACUAUAUUUUCAAAUGUAUUCUUUUUUGUUCGUGUAACUUAUACUUAGUUAAUACAUAGACUAUGUAUUUUAGCUUUCUUGUAUUGUAUGAACCUACAAAGAGGGUUCGGAGGCACAUAUAAUUCCUUGUAUUGUAUCAACCAAUAAAUAAAAAAUUGUUUGGAGAAAAAUAUAUACAAUUUCUGCAUGUAUUUGUUGUUAA